AUGACCUUCCCUCCCCCUCCCCCUUCCUCCCAAUCGUCGAUUGCUUCUGGCACCGAUAAGUCUUCUUCGACCAGGCCUACCCGGGCACAGCAAUCUGCUUGGGGCCCGUCGUCCGCGUCUCAGUCCAACCUCCGCCGUGGGUUGACCCCCCUCGCGACCUCCAACCUCACCUCGUCAUCGAUCCCCUCUUCCAACUCCCGCGGGCUUCCUCAGUCGAGCAGUCCUGGCCCUGGUGCUUCAACUUCUUCUCCCUUGACUUCAUCCUUUUCCGCCGUGCUGAGUUCCACAAGGGGUCUUUCUGGUGGUCGUAACGCGCCCUCGCCUGCCUCCACUUCGUCGCCUUUUGCCGCCUUCCAGUCUGGCUCGCAGCAGCAACUCCAACAGCAACACCAGCAACCAGGACAGUCAGUGUCCUCUCCCAAAUUCAGAGCCCACACCCCUUCAGGGUCACAUUUAGCUUCCACGGCAGGCUCUAUCCUAGGCGGUGGAGGCAUCGGGGGAGGCGGAGGUGGCACCAGUUCUUCCAGAGGCGCUGUCUUCUCUCCGUUAUCCACAACAGUGAAUUCGCCUACGGGUUUCCCCUCUGACAAGCCGGGCUCGUCAGCCGCCGGAGCUGCAGCUCACGCAAGCCAGUCAUCGUUGACUAAAAUAUCCAUUGCACAAGUUUUCCUCCUUUUGGAUUCCAUUACAGAAAAGGAGGGCAAAGAGAAGUGGGAGACCAAAGCUGCUCAGAUACACAAACUUGUCGAGUCCAACGGAAUGGAGGUCUUUUCCAAGUACUUUCGGCGCCUUCUCACGGGCAAUGCCCCACAAAUCUUUCCUGGAGUAAACAAGUCCGUUGAGAAUGCAGGGAAUUAUCCACUCCUAUUUCAGGAGAUGCAGAAGGUGUCCCAGGACAUAGAACAAGCACAGAAGAUCGCAGAGACGAUUGACACCUCUGAGGGUGAUAUUUUCCGUGAUUUUGAUCUUUCUACAUUUCUUGAUCACUUUAAGCUUGACCCGCUCUCAAAAGUGGCGCUCGCACUGGCCUUCAAGACGGCCAGUAAGUCGGACCUGCGUGCUAAAGCUGAUGCCAUCCUUUCAAACUCCGUGACGCCGUUUCUACAGACCUUGGCGACUCCUUCCGAAUUGACCAAGGACCACACAACUUCAUUCAUUGGCAUGACGAUCGAGCGUUUCAUACUUUAUCCGCCACGAAAUUUCACCGACGAUGUGAAGGCCAAGCUUGUAUAUGCAGCAAACUUGCGUUAUCAGAAAUUGGCCAUGGACAUGCCUUUCGAAAUUUCGUCUUCCCUCCAAAUGUUCAACUUCAUCAACCCCCGGUAUACUCUAGUCAGGCAACUUCAUUCCAAGGGUCCGAAGGCAACAUCGACUCCGGAUGCCGUGAGUGAAGUCGUCAAUAUCUCUGGCCCCGAUUGCUGGAAUGAGGAGCACAUUGCUAGUGCACUCCUUUUUAUGGUUCUUUCACAGUAUUGGCGGCAAUUCUCCCUCGAGACUUACCUUUCAGCUGUCCAGUCGCAUUAUGGCGAACAACAGAUUAACUGGCCGCUCGUUCUCCGGCACUUUGAUCGCGAAGGCCUAAGGAUGGAUACCAACCAAUUUACCAGACUCUACGCCUCUCUUUCAGCCUUGGCCCCAGAGAAUCCGAGCUUAGAUGUUCAGAAACUGUGGGGUGGAGAUUGGGAACACCGUGAUACACAGAUGUCCUUUUUGAGAGCGUUCAUUGCUUCUCGAACCGAUGUUUCGCAGAUUCCGAGCCUCCGAGCCACUUUUCCCGCUGACUUCUUUGCUGACGGCCCGGAACUCGUCCGCCUUCAGGGUGAGCGUGCAGCCAAGUCGCCUCUCCGAUCUUUAGAUGCCAUGAAAGCCAUGUUCGACCUGGUUCUCUUUUCUCAAGCAUCCUGGGCUGCUGCUGAGAGCCAAAUUCUCAUCAAAACCCUCGUUCAAUACGACCUUCCGGUUUUUCUAUGCUCUGCAUUGGCUCUUCCACAACCUUGGACAGCUGUCCAACAGAGUUUCGUCUUGCGGACGCUUAUCGUAUUCAUCUUGAAGCAAGAAGAGGGCCAUCAACUUGCUCUCCAUGGUGCGUGGCGCCAGGACCGCCAAUGGGUCGCUGAGCAACUCUUCGCCACUUUUACACAGGAUCCGACUUCAACCGCUGCUAUUUACGAGCAUGCCAUGGAAUAUGGUUGGUUAGACUACCUCCUCGGUUAUACAAAUGGACUUGCUAUGGAUCUCGCUUGCUACGCUCAUCGUAAAGGCCCAUUUGACCUUGCCCAGUGGGUCCGAAACGCCGCCCAAAAAGGACCUAUGGACAUGGGUAGCUUGUUGUCAAAGUUCUUGAGGAUCAAGGCCGAAGAUGAACUCCAUGUUCAGAGGAAAGAACAGCCCGCCCCACAAAUGGUCAGUCUUUCUGUCAAGACCGUCUAUGCCCUGUUGUCGGUGCUGGAGGAGUUCGUUGGUGAUCGAGAAAACCUCACUCCGGUGCAGCGUAUUUGCAUUCAGACCUAUCCCAGACUGAUUAACUAUGGCGAAGGGUUUGAUGACAUUAUUGAUCUCAAUGGCGAAAAUGGAAAUUCGUUGCCCGAGGCUGUCGACAAGCAAAUGCAGGAACUUUUUGGCAAGAUGUACCACGAAGAGCUCUCGCUACGAGAGAUGCUGGAAUUGAUGAGACGAUAUAAAUCCUCCAAGGAGCCCGCUGAACAGGAUUUGUUUGCUUGCAUGGUACACGGGCUGAUUGACGAGUACCACUGCUACCACGAAUACCCCCUAGAGGCCUUGACCAAGACGGCGGUCAUGUUUGGCGGCAUCAUAAAUUUCCGACUUGUGGAUGGCAUCACACUCAAGGUUGGUUUGGGUAUGAUUUUGGAAGCUGUGCGAGAACACGAUGUACACGAUCCGAUGUACAAAUUUGGUGUUGAGGCUAUCGAGCAAUUGAUCAAUCGGCUUUCUGAGUGGGCGGGUUUCUGCCAUCUGCUUUUGCAAAUCCCAAGUUUACACGGCACGCCAAUCUCUCAGACAGCGGAGGAGGUUCUUCGUGAUCAGGGAGCACAGGCUCGUGAUUCUGAAGUUGAUGUCCUGGUCAACGGCAAUGUGGAGGAGCCCGCAGAUACCGAUGGAGUUCCCCGCAAAUUCCGUUCUGUUAAUGUUGGUCCUUUACUUCGACCAGAAAUCUAUCAGGAUCCGGAUGAAACGGUCCAGGAUAAAAUCCUUUUCGUCUUGAACAACGUGUCAGACAACAACUUGGAAGACAAGCUACAGGACCUUACCGAAGUGUUGCGCGACCAGCACCACCAAUGGUUCGCUUCGUAUUUGGUAGAAGAGCGUGCCAAACUGCAGCCAAAUUUCCAGCAGCUAUAUCUUGAUCUUCUUGAACGCCUUGACAGCAAGAUACUCUGGGCGGAGGUUCUGCGAGAGACAUAUGUCAGCGCCAGCAAGAUUCUCAAUUCGGAGGCGACUUUGAAUUCAUCUACCGACCGUGGCCAUCUGAAAAAUCUCGGCGCGUGGCUGGGUUCCCUUACCAUUGCCAAGGACAAACCCGUUAAACAUAAAGACGUCUAUUUCAAGGGUCUUCUGUUAGAAGGUUACGACAGCCAGCGCCUCACAAUCGUUAUUCCGUUCACCUGCAAGACACUUGUCCAGGCCACAAAAUCCACAGUUUUCAAGCCCCCGAACCCUUGGCUGAUGGACAUUCUCUCCUUGCUCCUAGAGCUAUACCACUUCGCCGAAUUGAAACUGAAUCUCAAGUUUGAGAUUGAGGUGUUGUGCAAGGAUCUUGAUCUUGACCAUAAAACAAUUGAGCCCUCUGUUAUCAUACGAGACCGUUCCGCUCACUUCGAAGAUGCCCUGUCGACGGCAAAUAUCCCUGAUGGCCUUGAAGCGUUCGAAGACAUGGCACUUAGCGGUAUUGGCCAGGGUGUCAGGAACGAACGACUUUCGCCUGCUGCGAUAAUGUCCUCUCUACCCAGUUUAGACAAGAUCCUUGUUCUGCCGUCUUCGGCGAGCAGCAUGGUGGAUCCAAAUGUUCUUCGGCAGAUCGUUCAUAGCGCUGUGGAGCGCGCUAUAGCGGAAAUAAUCACACCAGUAGUAGAGCGCUCGGUUACCAUCGCUUCUAUCUCCACAGUUCAGCUCGUCUCGAAGGACUUCGCAAUUGAGCCGGAUGAGGAGAAGAUGCGCCAUGCGGCAGGCAUCAUGGUGAGGCAACUCGCUGGAAGCUUAGCCCUCGUGACCUGCAAGGAGCCCCUAAAAGUCAGCAUGACAAACUAUAUCCGGAUGAUCCAGCAAGAGUAUUCGGAUCAACCAAUGCCCGAAGGUUUGAUCCUGAUGUGCGUCAAUGAUAAUCUCGAUGCUGCUUGUGGGAUUGUCGAGAAGGCAGCAGAGGAGAAAGCUCUACCUGAGAUAGAAAAGGUCAUCGAACCUCAACUGGAGGCGCGCCGGCGUCAUCGGGCCACCCGACCGAAUGAGCCAUUCAUCGACCCGUCUAUGAACCGUUGGGGUCUUUUUAUUCCCGAACCUUAUCGACAAGCCCCUGGAGGGUUGAACAAGGAACAGCUGGCCAUUUACGAAGAAUUCGCACGCCAGUCUCGCGGUCCGGGAGCAGCCCAUAUUCAAAACAUCUCUUCCGAUUCCGGUCGGCAACUCCCUGAUGUUCUUCAGGAAUCAUACCCAGCAAUUCCGAACCUAUCUACCCCGGCAGAACAGCCUGCUGUUCCUCAUAGGACCCCACAGGCGCAGCAAGAGGCUCGACUGCAGCAGCCUGGGCUUGUUGGCACGCAGCCACAGUUGAACGGGUUCCUCGAGGCUCAAAGUCCACGGGACAAGGUCGAAAGCAUCGUUUCCGACCUUCAACAAGUUGCCCGCAAUUCUUCUGAAGAGCACGUGAAAGACUUGGGCCGUGACAGUUCCGUCUUACAGGAGUACAACCAAGCACUGCGCACCAUACUGUCUACGCCCAAUGGGGAUGAGUUGGCUAGAUUGACAUCGCUCAAAAUCUGUGCGACUUUAUACUCCCAAACCCAAGGAACGCUCGAAAUUGAGGUUCUAGUGCACCUCCUCGCCAAAUUAUGCGAUAUGUCGUCUAUUGUCGCACGUUACACUUGGGCAGUGCUUUCAGACAUUGAUGACGAGCACAUGUUCAACGUGCCAGUAACAGUUGCGCUCAUUGAUGCUGGGCUUCUUGAUAUUCGUCGCGUCGACAUGAUCAUCACGAAGAUGGUCCUUCAAAAGAGUGCCGGCGCUUUGGAGCUUCUUGGAAACCUGAUGGACCGUGUUCUAUUCAGCGAGGAGCCCUCUGCCUUGAGAUCAGAUUUCUCGGGUAGCUUGGAGGCCAUGAGCCAGUGGCUAGUGGAGGAUGCUAACAUUGUGCCGGCCAACGAUAUCAUUCGCAAGUUGCGUGAGUCUGGAAUUCCCGAACCAGUCACUGCGUUCCUCAGCGACACGGCAAGGUCGAAACGGGAUCAAAUGGAAUACAUCUUCACCGAAUGGAUUGGAAUCUACAAGGCUCCUGGUGCUACCGACCGUACCUAUUUCUCUUUCCUCAGAGAUAUGCACCAAAGACAAGUCAUGAACAAUCAGGAAGACUCUGCAUUGUUUUUCCGGCUUAGUAUUGACAUUUCGGUUGCCAUGUUUGAGCAUGAGUCUCAGAACCCUGGUGGAAGCCUGGACGAAGCAUUCCUUUAUAUUGAUGCCCUUGCUAAGCUGGUCAUCUUGCUGGUUAAAUUCCAAGGCGAAGGUACGGGGGCUGUGAAGGCUAACAAAUCCGUGUACUUCAACUCGAUCCUGUCUCUUCUCGUGCUGGUCUUGAACCAUCACCAAGUCAUGAGGGGCGAGGCCUUCAACCAACGUGUCUUCUUCAGACUGUUCUCCAGCAUGCUGUGUGAAUAUUCCAUCAACGGUCUUCAGUACAUCGACCAGCAUAAGGACAUGAUGUUUGCCUUUGCCAACAAAUUCAUGUCUCUCCAACCGAAAUAUUGCCCCGUUUUUGUUUAUGGAUGGCUUUCUCUUGUUUCCCACAGAUUCUUCAUGUCCGGCAUGUUGAACAUGCCCGAACGAGCAGGCUGGGGACCAUACUGCGAACUUAUGCAAGGCCUGCUCUCUUAUAUUGGCGAGCAGCUCAAGCCUGCCGACAUUUCCUACGUUGCCAAGGACUUGUACAAGGGCGUGCUUCGCAUCCUGUUGAUACUGCACCAUGACUUUCCCGAAUUUGUGGCGGAGAACCAUUUUCAGUUUUGCAAUGUCAUCCCCGCACACUGCGCACAGCUUCGGAAUCUUGUUCUCAGUGCUUAUCCGUCGUCAUUCCACAAACUUCCAGACCCAUUCAGGGAGGGCCUGAAGGUUGAACGCUUGGAAGAGAUGCGGGAAGCCCCGAAGAUCGCGGGUGAUGUUGCUGCUCCUUUGCAACGGGCCAACAUCCAGAAUGUCGUCGACAGUGCUCUUCAGGGCAGCAGUGUGCCCGAACCAUCUGUUCUGCAAAUUUGUGAAGCCAUCUAUAACCCCACAGCUAAGGAAACUGGUCUUUUCUAUGGCCCGAUAAAUGUCAACGUCGUUUUGGUGAAUGCACUGGUACUCUAUAUCGGCCAAGCUGCAAUCUCCACCAACUCCUCCAAGGGCAAUACCCGUGCAGCUUUCGACAACACUAUCCAUUCAGCACUCCUGGAAAAGCUCGCAAAGGCGCUACGACCCGAGGCCCGUUAUUACCUGCUGAGCGCGAUGGCGAAUCAACUCCGUUACCCCAACAGCCACACCUAUUAUUUCAGUUUCGCCAUUCUUCGCCUCUUCGGUGCAGAAAACUCGGAUCAGGAUGAAUCCGAUAUCCGUCAACAGAUCAUUCGGGUGCUUCUGGAAAGACUCAUUGUUCACCGCCCCCACCCUUGGGGUUUGAUCAUUACUUUGCAGGAGCUGCUCCAGAACCGGGGCUACUCAUUCUUCCAACUUCCUUUCAUCCAGGCUGCGCCUGAGAUUGGUCGCCUGUUCGAUGCCCUCCUGCAGCACAUUCAACAGCAAAGCCCUAGAGCUCUGGCCUAA